UGGACAAAAAUCAUUUUUCUGUUUUUUAUGUCCUCGUUGACAAUAAACACGCGCGAUGUUUUAAGAAAAACACGUUUAUUUUGCGUUGCAACUUUUAACUUGCAGAUUGCUAAUGCAUAUUUAGCUGCACAUUUAGAACUACAAUAACCACAAUGCCCCACUGCCGCCAACAACAAGGAAGUAUGACGGACGGGUAAACGUCAAAUCAGUUGUUAUUUCUCCCUAGGUCCAUGUUACAAUGUUUUACUAGCUAUUCGCAUAUUAUCACACAUCUGAAGUCAUGGCAGGAAAGAUCCAGCAGCCCAACACUUCUGUUGUGAUCCGCAGCCUCAGGCGCUUCAGAGACACAUACUUUCCAAACAGUGGUAAAGUUGCUAAAGACGAGUUGACGGUUGGCGUAGAAACUGGAAGAGAGCCACAACCGGGAUUUCUGGAUAGUUUACCGGUGGACUUACAGUUCCUGAUCAUGACCUUUCUGUCCCCUGCGGAUAUCUGCUGCCUGGGAGCCAGCAGCCGGUACUGGAGGGCCAUCGUAAGAGAUCCAUUACUGUGGAGAUACUUCCUGCUCAGGGAUAUGCCAUACUGGCCCUCCAUCGAUCAUGUGAGCAUGCCCCAACUGGAGUUGUUGGAUGCACCACUAAUCAAUGAAGAUGAGAGCCUGGAUGAUAGAGAAGAGGGGGACGACAAAGGGAUGCAAUUCAAAUUUGACUACAUGUCAGAAUACCUAAAAGGCUGCCCAUCCUGCAGACAACAAUGGCUUCCUUCACGGCCAGCAUAUGAGUUAGUGACCUCCUUUUUUCAGUCUCUGGUGCCCUCAUCUGAACCACGUUAUGCCAUGUUAGGCCCCGGCAUGGAGCAGAUGGAUGUCUCUUUAGUCACAAGGCUCAUGAAUGCCCCAGAUGUGCUUCCUGUGUCGGGCACUCCUCACAGACAGAUAAAUGGUAUUGGCUCUGGGAUCAGUUAUAUGUUCAACAACCAACACAAAUUUAAUAUCCUGACUCUGUACUCUACCAAUAGGGCAGAGAGGGAAAGAGCCAGAGUGCAGCAGCUGAGCGUCAGUAAUAAACUCUUUACUUUUAAAGGAACAGAUGACUCCGGUAAUCCAAUCUACAGCCCUGCUCCUCAGGUCCAGCAAGUGUGCCAGGUGGUAGAUGGUUUCAUCUAUGUAGCCAAUGCAGAGCCUGGGAGAGGUUUGGGGGAGUGCGAGGUGGCUCAGAUUCGGGCUGUACUGAGCUCUGCUGACGGUUCAGCAUCCAGGCCUCUGCUGGUGCUCUCCUGUGUCUCCAGAGAAGAACCGGAAGAGAUCAGGAUAACCAACCUGCAAACUGUUGCCAGCAGAAACGGGGCCAGAUGUCGAACUCCCUGUGUUGACAUGGCAAAGAGACUCGGACUACCUCAGCUGGCUAACCCCUGGAUGGUGCAGGACACAGUAGCAGAAUCCCUGUCAGGUCUUCUGGAUGGCAUUUCCUGGUUGCUGAGAUGUUCUGGAGUCAAACUCUAUGGUAGCUAGUUAUAUCUAACUUCUGCGGCUGUCAGAUAAAUGAAACCCAAAAACGUCAUUGCCGCGUCAUCCUGGCAAACUACAACAAUGUAUCCCACCUGUACACUGAACAUCUCAGAAUUUGAGCAUUGAUUGUGGGAUUUAUUUAACUGGAUCAGCAGCAGAUUUGAUGGGUUUCUAUAUAUUGUCUAUCCAGGACAACUGAGAGAGACCCUUUUCUUAUUUACAGAAAGAGCCAUAUGAAGGAAUAAUAGCCGGACAGAAGGUUACCCCUCUAUAAUAUGAAUAGUUUUUAUGGAUGGAGGAGCACUGCUAGUUCAAUGCAGAAAAGCAAGAACACACAGAGAAACAGACUCAGGUGCAGAACUAGAAAACCAAAAUAAAAAGGUGGUAAAAUCCACACGUGUGAAAUAGGGCUGGGCGAUAUGGAGAAAAUCAAAUCUAAAAAUGUAUUACACCUAUAUGCUACUUAAAUAGGUAAUAUAUGCUACUUUAUUACAAAGGUUUUCAAUUGGUGAGUUUCUAACUAAUCAGGUGGUCAGCUGUUUGGUUUAAAAAAAAUGAUAUGACAUUUUUCAAUGUUUUAUUAAUUAAGGCUCAUAAUGACCUGACCCAAGAGUGUGUGCCAACAACCCUCCUGGACAAAAGUUAGAUUACAUAACAUUCAGGUAAAGAAUUGCCUAUUGGAGCUAAACUAUAAUACAAGGUAUUGAAAGUAUUUACUUUUAAAAUAUUUUAUGUUUUGCAAUUAAGAAAUGUUGCCUUUUGAUAAAUGCUGAAUUACCCCGAUCUGAAAUGUUUUCAUCUGUUAUUUGUUGCACAAUUACUUUGAUCUACGAAUGGUUUCAGAAUUACAGAAUUUCCUUGA